GAAGUGGAGACGUGUCAAACCUUCUGAAGGGAAAGCCGGGCCAAGAUGGCGGCGACGGGGGCAAGUGGCGCUGCGGGCGAAGCCGACGAGCUCUUCGACGUCCGGAACAACUUCUACAUCGGGGCCUCGCAGGCCGCCAUUAACGAGGCGCAGCGCGUGAAGGCAUCCAGUCCUGAGAAAGAAAUCGAGAGAGACGUUUUCCUGUUCCGCGCCUAUAUUGCUCAGCGAAAAUAUGGGGUGGUGCUGGACGAAAUCAAGCCAAGCUCCUGCCCCGAACUCCAGGCUGUACGGAUGUUUGCGGAAUACCUCUCCAAUGAGAGCAAAAGGGAUGCCAUUGUAGCAGAGCUGGACAAGAAAAUGGCCAAAAGCGUGGAUGUCACCAACACGACUUUCCUGCUGAUGGCGGCCUCUGUCUAUUUCCAUGAUCAGAACCUGGACGCCGCGCUUCGGGCCUUGCACCAAGGAGAAACCCUUGAGUGCAUGGCGAUGACCAUCCAGGUCCUGCUGAAACUGGAUCGUCUGGAUCUGGCUAGGAAGGAGCUAAAGAAGAUGCAGGAACAAGAUGAAGAUGCCACCUUGACCCAGCUAGCUACUGCAUGGGUCAACCUUGCUAUGGGUGGAGAGAAGCUGCAGGACGCCUACUACAUCUUCCAGGAGAUGUCCGAGAAGUGGUCGCCCACUCUUUUGCUGUUGAACGGCCAAGCCGCCUGCUACAUGGCCCAGGGCAAGUGGGAUGAGGCCGAAGGGGUGCUCCAAGAAGCCCUGGACAAGGACAGCAGCCACCCUGAGACCCUGAUCAACUUUGUGGUUCUCUCCCAGCACCUGGGGAAACCCCCCGAGGUCACCAACCGCUACUUGUCACAACUGAAAGAUGCCCAUCGAAACCACCCCUUCGUCAAGGAGUACCAGGCCAAGGAGAAUGACUUUGACCGCCUGGCAUUGCAAUACGCUCCUUGUGCCUGAGCCCCAAGGAGCACCAAAAAGGAAAGAACCUUUCUCUGCUGCAUAUGGAUCUCCCUUUUUGCUGUGGACGAUCGGAUAUGACGUCUUGGAAGAAGACGGCGUGGGAUUCCCCCUUUCCUGCCUGCCGGCCAUACCUCCAGUGUAUAUUUUUGCCUUUCAGUUAACACAAACACAAGGGGAAGGCGAUUCCCAGCCCUGAAAUAUUCCUAAUAAAAUCAUCCCUUCAGGUUUA